GGCCAGCAUUUGGACCACUAAAAGCCCAAACGUAGCCUAAGGUCCGAUGCUCACCAUUACUACUACACGCAGUUUUCUCCAUCGAACGACAAUCAGUGUACGUACGUCUCCAUCUUCGUUGAGCGUUUCGCCUCCAUCACCGAUUCACUGUUAGCGAGAAAUGAAGAAAGGAAUGCAUCCUCAGUUGCAAUGGAUAUCCUAUGUAACACAGAGCGGUAGAUUGAUGCACGUUAUGAUGACCAAAAUACACCAUGUUGGUAAAGUCUACCACUUUAGGGCAAAACGCCAAAUGGCCGAAAGUAUUGGGCAGGUUGCCAAAUUUAAGCGCCGUUAUGAAGAAAAGGGGAAUGCUGAAGACAAUGAAAAUUGAUUUUCUUUUUGGGAUGCAGCAGUAUUAUUCUAGUUAUAUUUAUCGUGUAGUAGUCAUUGGAAUAAACAUGAAUUUGAUGGACACUCUGGAGCACAUACGAGUUGAUAUGUCGUGGGUAGUUGGAAGUGAUUUCGAGUAACUCUUUGUUUUUCAGAGUUUGAACCCUCCUCCAGUUUAAGAUAUUAUUAAGCCUGAUGGCCGUUGUUUACUCCUGCUUGAACAAUUUGUGAUCGCUCAAACUGCGAGGUUGGAUUUGGAUUGAAUGACUUGCGAAAUCUGAAUGAGUUAAGGUUUUACUUUA